AGUCUCAGAAGCUCCUUCUCCUCGAAGAAACUGACAUCAUGAUUCGCGCCGCCAUCAUCCUCGCCCUGACCACCAGCGCCUUCGCUGGUUACGUCGGAGGCGGAUACGCCCUCGGCCAUGGUGUCGGCUACUCUGGCCUAGGGGGAUACGGUCUUGGAUACGGUCUUGGCGGCUACGGUCUCGGAGGCUACGGCCUUGGCGGAUACGGUCUAGGCUAUGGAUACGGAUACGCUCCAGGAGCCGUCCGCACCGUCGCUACUGCUGUUCACGCUGCACCAGCCGUGGCUGCUGUCCAUGCUGCCCCAGCUGUGACCGCAGUGCACGCCGCUCCGGCAGUGGCCACCUACGCCGCUGCUCCAGCCGUCGCCAGGGUUGCCUAUGCUGCCCCAGCCGUUGCUAGGGUCGCCUACGCUGCUCCCGCUGUGCACGCUGUCCACGCUGCUCCAGCCGUCGCCAGGGUUGCCUACGCCGCUCCCACUUACGCUGCUUACGCUGCUCCCGCUGUGCACGCUGUUCACGCUGCACCAGCCGUCGCCAGGGUUGCCUACGCUGCACCGGCAUACGCCGCCGUCCACGCUGCCCCGGCCGUUGCCAGGGUUGCCUACGCCGCCCCCGCUGUGACUGCUGUCCACGCUGCCCCAGCUGUAGCUAGGGUUGCCUACGCUGCCCCAGCCCUUGCCACCGCGGCCGUCCACCACGCCGUGCCCGCAGUAGCCUCCUACGGUGUGGCCCACGCUGCUCCAGCUGUAGCCUCCUAUGGAGUCGCUCAUGCUGCCCCAGUCUACGGAUACGGUGUAGGCUCUCUCGGUUACGGUGCUGGCCACUACGGAUACGGUCACGGCCUCCUCGGCUAUGGUCUCAACUACGGAUAUGGCCUCGGCUCCCCCUACCACUAUGGCGCUCUCCUCCACAAGAAGAAGUAAACACAUCCUUUGACCUAAGCGGAUGGUCUCAACGACGCAAGUCAUCGCAUGGACGUUUCUCUUGGAGUUGUGAUGCUUCGAAGGAAAUAAACAUAUGUUUGUUACGUAUUAAAUAG